AUGGGCCCCCGUACCGCCUCCUCAUGCUGCUGCCAGGCCCGUAAUCUGCCAUGGGCCCCCGUACCGACUCCUCAUGCUGCUGCCAGGCCCGUAAUCUGUCAUGGGCCCCUGUACCGCCUCCUCAUGCUGCUGCCAGGUCCAGAGUGUGUCAUGGGUCCCUGUACGGCCUUUCAUUGCUGCUGUCUCCAUCGCCACACUCUGCCAUGUGCCACUUUCAGGUCUCCUCACACUGCUGGUGGGUUCCAUUUUUGUCAUAGGGUGCUGUAUGGCCUCCCAUUGCUGCUGCCUCCACCACCACACUGUGGCUCCACACUCUGGUUUUGGCCCCGUGACUGCCCAAAUGAGUGAAGUGUGCGGUGAUUCUAAGAUCGACGGCACUCAUCUGCAUGUCAUACUGACUGACAGUAUUAUUUCUCUUCCCCAGCAGACUCCAAGGGCAUUUAAAUUAAAGGUACAGUGUUCUGCACUAAUAUAA